AAUGCUAAUACAGAAGCAUUGAGUAAAUUUGGAAAAAGAAGAAUGAAAUCAUUUUAUGGGAAUCUUUUACAUUUGUGCUUGAUAGUGAAAGACAAGGAUGCAGAACGUCUUCCUGCCACAGGACAUAACAUGGCCUUGCUGAAAACAGACUCAAGUGACUGGAUUUUCUAAACUUGAGAGCAAUAAGCAAAAAAGAUGUUUCUGAUCUAUUUCAUAAAGCAGUCUCUUUGGACUCAUAGGGGUGUAUUUAUAGAAGAGGCAGCCAAAUCAGCAAAAGAUUUCCCACAGCAGAAAUUCAGGAAAUCUGGAUUUCUUUUGCUGUUUCAAAACAAAAAGCAGGAUCUCUUGGAAAAGAUGGUACUGGAAACUCUGAAUCCAAUGCACUACAACAUCACGAGCCUUGUACCAGAUACGAUGACAGUGGCCACAGUGCCCGUACUCAUUCUCAUGUGCUUUCUGUUUCUAAUAUGGAAUCAUGAAGAAGCUUCAUCAAUACCAGGGCCAGGAUACUGUAUGGGAAUCGGUCCCCUCAUUUCACAUGGGAGAUUUCUUUGGAUGGGAGUAGGUAAUGCCUGCAACUACUACAAUAAGACAUAUGGAGAAUUUGUGAGAGUUUGGAUCAGCGGUGAAGAAACAUAUAUAAUUAGCAAAUCCUCAAGUGUGUUCCAUGUAAUGAAACACUGGCAUUAUGUUUCUCGAUUUGGGAGCAAGCUUGGAUUACAAUGCAUUGGCAUGUAUGAAAAUGGGAUCAUAUUCAAUAACAACCCAGCACACUGGAAAGAAAUUCGACCCUUUUUCACCAAAGCUCUGUCUGGUCCUGGUCUUGUGCGCAUGAUAGCAAUUUGUGUUGAAUCAACAAUUAAUCACCUGGACAAAUUAGAGGAAGUAACCACUGAAGUAGGAAACAUCAAUGUGUUGAAUCUCAUGAGACGGAUCAUGCUUGACACAUCUAACAAGCUUUUUCUCGGGAUUCCUUUGGAUGAAAGCGCCAUUGUCCUCAAGAUUCAAAACUACUUUGAUGCUUGGCAAGCACUUCUAUUAAAGCCUGACUUCUUUUUUAAGAUUUCUUGGCUGUGCAAGAAAUACGAAGAGGCAGCCAAGGAUCUGAAAGGAGCAAUGGAAAUCUUAAUAGAACAGAAACGACAAAUGCUUUCCACUGUUGAAAAGCUGGAUGAACACAUGGAUUUUGCAUCCCAGUUGAUAUUUGCACAGAACAGAGGGGAUCUGACUGCCGAGAACGUGAACCAGUGUGUGCUGGAGAUGAUGAUUGCUGCUCCUGAUACUCUAUCGGUGACUCUCUUCUUUAUGCUAAUACUGAUUGCAGAGCACCCCACAGUGGAAGAGGAGAUGAUGAGAGAAAUUGAAACUGUUAUGGGUGACAGAGACAUACAGAGUGAUGACAUGCCGAACUUAAAAGUUGUGGAGAAUUUCAUUUAUGAGAGCAUGAGGUACCAGCCAGUUGUGGACUUGAUCAUGCGAAAAGCUUUACAAGAUGAUGUAAUUGAUGGCUAUCCUGUGAAAAAGGGGACAAACAUUAUUCUCAAUAUUGGACGUAUGCAUAAGCUUGAAUUCUUCCCAAAGCCAAAUGAGUUUUCUCUUGAAAAUUUUGAGAAAAAUGUUCCUUCACGCUAUUUCCAACCCUUUGGAUUUGGCCCUCGGGGCUGUGUAGGAAAGUUUAUUGCUAUGGUAAUGAUGAAAGCAAUUCUGGUGACUCUUCUGAGACGCUGCAGAGUACAGACAAUGAAAGGAAGAGGCCUUAACAACAUCCAGAAAAACAAUGACUUAUCCAUGCACCCAAUAGAAAGGCAACCGCUGCUGGAGAUGGUUUUCACACCAAGAAGAAACACAAACAAGAACCAGGGUGACUAAAAUGGAUCAGCAGUAAAGUUACAGGGCUUUCUCAGUCAUAGCAACAAAGAAAUACACAUCAUUUCCAGGCAAAGAUAUAGAGUAAAACAUUUUGUUGCCCCUAAAUAGCUACAAUUUUCACUGACAACUUUUUCUGCCUGCGCAGCAGAACCAGGUUCUGGCCACAACUUCAAAGU